ACACAAACUCAUCUCACAAACUCAUACACAUAACACAUCACCACUACCUUCUAGCUCAAAACUCGAUUAAUCUCUUUGUUUUGUUGCUACUAUACAUUACAGAAAUGGCAUCUUAUGUAUUGGGUUGCUUGUUAUUGUUGGCUGUUGCCUUCGUGUGUCUAGAAGCGAGGACGGACCAAACGCAAGACUAUACUUCGUUUCAGUACCACAGAGGAGCUCUCCUUACCGGAGAUGUUUCAAUCAACCUAAUCUGGUAUGGUAAGUUCAAACCGUCGCAGCGUGCAAUCGUCACCGAUUUCGUCGCUUCCCUCUCGUCUUCCCGGAGAUCUUCCAUGGUUCAAAACCCAUCAGUCGCCACAUGGUGGAAGACGGUGGAGAAGUAUUACCACGUCAGCAAGACCACGAAGACACGUGGACUCACUCUCUCCCUCGGAGAACAUAUCCUCGACGAAGGAUACUCAAUGGGAAAAUCUUUAACAGAGGGAAACCUCAAAGCCUUGGCAGCUCAAGGAGGCCAAAGCUAUGCAGUUAACGUGGUCUUGACCUCAGCUGACGUGGUAGUCCAAGGCUUUUGCGUGAACCGAUGUGGGUCACACGGGUCUGGCUCCGGGUCAGGCAAGAAAGGGUCAAGAUUUGCUUACAUAUGGGUAGGGAACUCAGAGACGCAAUGUCCAGGACAAUGCGCGUGGCCGCUCCACGCGCCGGUUUACGGACCACAGAGCUCACCACUCGUGGCGCCAAACAACGACGUGGGUCUUGACGGCAUGGUGAUUAACUUGGCGAGUCUCUUAGCUGGGACCGCAACGAACCCGUUCGGAGAUGGGUAUUACCAAGGCCCUAAAACGGCACCGCUUGAGGCUGGAUCGGCUUGUACUGGAGUCUAUGGGAAAGGCUCGUAUCCUGGUUACGCUGGAGAGUUGCUUGUGGAUGCAACGACUGGUGGGAGUUAUAACGCUAAGGGAUUGAAUGGGAGGAAAUAUUUGCUUCCGGCUUUGUAUGACCUCAAAACAUCUGCUUGCUCGACUCUGUUUUGAAUAACCUAUAUUAGUUAGUAGUAUACAUACAUUAUAGAUGAUGCGAUUAUUUUUUGUUUAUAUUUUAUCUAUUCUUUUGGUCAUACACUUGAUUAUUCUUUUUGUAACACGAAUUAGUAAUGAAAUGAUUUGCUAUUAUUAUUAA